AGCGAUGUAGUUGAAGUGUGGAGGCGGCUCGCUAUUCCUACUGGUUGCUACGUGGUCGUGAAUUAGUAGCUCACAUGAGCCGAAGAAACAUUGUGCUAGGCAAAAAUCCGUUUCCACUUACAGUUGCUUCCUUACAAAGACGACAAGAAGGGCAAUGGUUUUUUAUCAACGCGCCCUGCGGCCAACGACGAGCUUCGGGCUCUGCUGUCUCGCCAUCUUCCUGACAGCAUGGCCACAGAUGAGGGCCGCUGUGGUCGCUGCGGGAAGGGGAACAACUGCCCCGCUGACAGACCACCACGACCGGGUAGCUGCGAAGAGCCUGUCUUCGCAUUCGUCGAAAAUCAACGGUUCGCGCGUCGGCCUGCUUGCGGCAACAAGGGUAGUUGCUGCAGCGACACCUGUUAAUAGAGGGAGUAGAAGUAAGUCUAAGUGUCCCUUCUCUGCCGCAGCGUCUGCGAACUUUUUUGCACGGUCGAGGCGACGAAGCGAGCAUGAUGAUGAUCAUGCGAAUGACCAUUGCUUGCCGGAUGCAGCUGUAGAAAUGUACAAGAGGGACGAGAGGCGGAAAAGCCGAGACGUUUCAUCAACAAGAAUAUUGCUAACACUGCCAAAUAAAAUUUUGAACCGCCUUCUCUCUAGUACUAGUACUUCUGCUUGUUCCACUCCGGCGCUGGUGUUUUUUUUUCUCCUUUCUCAGUCACUUCUAGUGCCGCAACCAGGUCGUGGAACUACACCAAACGCAAUUUUCCUUCCUGGAGCGGCCGCGGAGUUCCAGCAAGAAGAAAUCCUUCCGGAGACGCUACCCUGCGACGCGCGCUCGACCUAUCUGACCACAGCGGUUCCCUACACGUGUCGUGUGAAGCAAUACAAGCGAGCGGUGGUUCCCGCUCUGUGGGGGCAUGGAUUGGACUUCGAAUUUGGAAAGCUUUCCGAAAGCGAUUUUGACGCACUGAGGAAACAGUACGCAGCGCCGUGGGUUCGAGAGCAUGAAGUCCUCAAAGAUUUCGAUGAAGAUAAGGAUAACACUGAGAUGGAGACAUCUUCGAGGAAGCGCGAUGUUGAGAUUGAAAACUACGCGCCAACAAGAGCUGCAUCGUGUUUCCCUGACGACCCGACGAUGGAUACUGAAUUCGACGAGAAAAAGACCGAUUACAAUCUGUUGGAUUUUCUUCCCGUGAGCAUGCGUGCCCUCGUCGACUAUAAUUUCGCGCAGGAGGAGGAAGCUCUCCCCCUGGACCUGCCACGGCCUACGGAGGUUCCUGUGUACAAAAAUUCCAUUCUGGUGCCCAAUUGCUGGACGACCGUUUAUGAGGUGUUGCGCAACAUGCGGAGCAGGCAGAGCUCCUGUGCUGGAAAAGGGAGAGGAGCUUGGAGGAGGUAUGCGUCCUCGGUAGAAGGAGGUGCUGGAACUAGGGAUGACAGAAACGAUCGGAAACUACCACACAGAACAGACGAAAAACGGAAGGCGGAUGAUCUUCCAGAGGUACAACAUGAUCGGCAUAUAUUCAACAGACAAGGGUUUUCUCUCUUUCACGACGUCUACUCUACCGACGAUUUGACCGCACAGAAAUGGAUCGAGGAAGCAACUUUCCGCGUUCCGGAAAUCGUAAUCGAGAAAGCGAUUCUUUCGGAGCAGAUACAAGAACUGCAGAAUCAGGACUCGUCUCAUCUGGUGGCACGUGCUUUGCGUGAAGAGGACUUGUUCUACGAAAGAACGCCACAAAAUCUUCAAGACGGAAAGGAGAGCAGCUCGAAGAACAGCAAUUAUCGCUUUCGCUUUCUUGGCCAGGACGGUGCUAGGAGUACUGGAAGUAGUACAAGCACUGACGGAAGCGGCAGCAAGAAGAAGAUCCGCGACGUGAUGAACACCAGCGGUGCCAAAAACGCCGAUGAAGCCUACCGGCCCCGGUUCGGAGACCUGCUGUUCAUCUACAACGCGGACAAGGGGUUUAAGCGACCCGUUCUGGUCCACGCGGUAUUUUUUAUCGAUUCGCAAAUCGUGUUUGAGAAGGCAGGCACUGGCGCGCUGAACCCCUACCGACUCACGGACUUGGCCACCGUUGCCAAGGAAUGGGCGCCGACCACGCAGAAAGGGCUGUACUCGUGGCACGUGCAUCGAUUGAAAGAAACAAAUGUUUCGGGUGCAGCCCCCUCAGGAUUGACGAAAGAAGAGCGCGGGGGACAACCGGAGAUGUUUAAAAGUGUCGAAGAAAAUCAAAGCCCCCUCGAAAUUAGGAAUGUGUCGCUCGGAGCUUCUCACGAUGGUAACCCUCAUUUCACUUUUCCUCCCUUUGAAAACCGUUUCAGCCUGUCCGCGGUUCCAGCAGACCUCCGUUGGCCGGAGUUCUGGCGGUGGCCGGCGGAGCUGCAAGACUCCCUGGCUUUGGGGGUGGGGGACAACCCGCGCGACCCGGGUGAGAUUGAUGAGCUGACGCUGCUGAAGGGAAAGAGGUACAGCUUUUGCCCGCCUACUUCCGGCGGGGAGGAAGGGAACGAAGAAAGUCGUCAGCUGGGCGAACAAAGGGAAAGGGUUGACAAUGUUGAUAGUGAAGGCUCGUUGGGUAAUACCUGGAAAAACGAAAGUAGCGAAGUGCCUCUUCUAUUUCGACACACGAAGCGGCAAAAUAGCGUCUCAUCUUCAGGAACAAGUACUAGGUGGCGACCCUGCAACCCGCGACCGAUUGGAAGGACAGUUGGUGAUAUCGCAGCGCUUGAUGAUGUACGAUCUACAGCGCAAAAGAGUGGCGCACCAAGCGUAGUGUGAAGUGAGCCGAGUAGAAGCGGACAAAAGCUGCACAUCCGUCGUGGGUGCUUACUCUACUUCUUCUACUGGAGCGGACCACAGCGUCGAAGACAGAAGCAAGAAGAAAGCGCGUGCGGGGCAAGGCCGCUACGCAGUUCCAGUAGAGUUAUAUGCUAGUUAAAAGAAAAGACACUGGUCAAGUACUUACUAUCGGAAUCAGCAUUUGCUUGUGCAAAGUGCGACGUUCAUCUUGCUCUGCAGAAGCUUCAUAUAUCGAUUUAUUUGGUGAAAUGCAGGAU